GUAGGAGGUUGUCGCUAGAGGUGUCAUGGCUGCUCAGAAGAUCAAUGAGGCGCUGGAGCACCUGGCAAAAGCAGAAAAAAGCUUGAAGACAAGUUUUUUGAAGUGGAAACCUGAUUAUGACAGCGCAGCCUCUGAAUAUGCAAAAGCAGCGGUUGCCUUUAAAAAUGCCAAGCAAUAUGAUCAAGCAAGAGAAGCCUUUUUAAAAGAAGCUGAAUCGUAUGAGAACAACAAAUCACUUUUCCAUGCUGCUAAAGCUUAUGAACAAGCAGGGAUGAUGCUAAAGGAGAUGCAAAAACUUCCAGAAGCAGUCCAGCUGAUAGAAAAAGCCAGCAUGAUGUAUCUGGAAAAUGGAACUCCUGACACAGCUGCUAUGGCACUAGAGCGAGCUGGAAAACUAAUCGAGCAUGUGAAUCUGGAAAAGGCAGUGAAUCUCUAUCAACAAUCUGCAUCUGUUUUUGAGAAUGAAGAUCGGUUACGUCAGGCUGUCGAACUUCUUGGAAAGGCAUCAAGACUUCUAGUAAGAGCUCGCAGAUUAGAUGAGGCUGUAGCAUCCAUUCAGAAGGAAAAAAAUAUGUAUAAAGAAAUAGAGAAUUAUCCAACUUUCUACAAGAAAACUAUUGCUCAGGUGUUGGUGCAUCUUCAUAGGAAUGACUUUGUUGCUGCUGAGAAAUGUGUUAGAGAAAGCUACAGUAUACCUGGUUUCAGUGGGAGUGAAGACUGCAUUGCAUUGGAACAGCUUUUGGAAGGAUAUGAUCAACAGGACCAGGACCAAGUGUCUGACGUUUGCAACUCUCCUCUUUUUAAAUACAUGGAUAAUGAUUAUGCAAAACUUGCUUUGAGUCUUGCUGUUCCUGGUGGCGGAAGCAAAAAGAAGUCCCCUGCCCCCACGUCGGUCACAGAAAUGGGACAAGCUCAAGGUGGAGCUCGAGCUGAGGAAGAGGAUGAUGAGUAUUCAGGUGGCUUGUGUUAACUGGAACCUGUUGCUGCACAAGUAUGUUUAUGGCAUGCAGUAUACAGUAUACAGUAUAUAAAGAAGAUGAACUCCUGCGCAGAUGCUAUUCAGGAACACACGUGAUCAUUUUGAAAAGAAUAUGUUGUUCACUUAUGUAUUCCACGUACCUUACAUUGUGUCUGUUGCUGAUGCCAAUAUAUAAUCAAGUAAACCGCCUGGAUCAAUAUUGGGUCGCACGUAACUCUGCCCUUGUAUUUAGUAAGAAAAGAUUGCUGGUCGUAACAUUAUUUUAUUACUUUAUUUGAUCCUGAUUUCUCUGUGCCGCAGAUCAGUCCAUUUGUACAAAUGUUAUUUGUUGUUUGUUAUUUUGUAAAUUACUGGAAGUACGUGAUUGUGAAUCGGCUAGAAAAUAUGAAAUCUAUCAAUCACAUGUGGUUUAUGUCUGCAUAUAGCUUUAGCUGGUCAUGUAUAUAAAUUAUAUAUAUAUAUAUUUAAGCUUGUAUGUUAUUCUGAUGCAAUGAUUACACGGCUUCUUGUGUAACUGUAUCAGAACCAAAGCCUUGGCAAAGUAAUGCAUCUUUUUCUCUUAUAGUCACAGAGAGGGGUUUGACUUCCCAUUGAUAUUAGUAGAGAACACUGAAUAGUCCAUGAGCUGCAUGGGAAAUAAAUUGAACCCAGACACUGCAAAACUGCUGGCUGUUAAUUCUUCCAACGCUAAAAUGUUACCAAUGAUAAACAUCUAUUGAAGAGGUACAACCUUUUCUUCAGGUCUCUAAAAGGGGUAGUUCAACUUUAUGAUAACUUUUGGUAUGUUAUAUAGAAUGGCUAAUGCUAAGCAACUGUUUAGUUGAUCUGCAUUAUUUAUUUUUUAUAGUUUUCCAAUUAUUUGCCUUCUUCUUCUGAUUCUUCCAGGCUUUCACACUGGGAUCACUGAUCUCCAUCUAAAAACAAAUGCUCUUUAAGGCUACACAUUAAUGUUAUUGCUACUCUUGAUUUCUCAUCUUUCUAUUUAUUGCAAUUAGUCAUUAUGUAAUGGUUUUAAUCAGAUGUAUUGGUAUUUCUCCUUAAACCCGGAUAACCAGGGGUGUUAAUCAUUGACAGAACAGUUGACCGAUUUUUCCAUAUUUAGCACUAUGAACCCUUAAAAGUUGCUGCAUGUUCUGCACAUAUGAUAGUUCUGCACCUGCUGUUAAUACUAUAAGAAUUUAGCUCCCAAUCUUACAGCCAAAGGGAGAGACUGUAUGUCCUGUGUAUAUGGCAAAGCGGGUAUAUGAGUAUAUGAGUAUAUAGCAAAAAUCAGGAUACUCCAAAUAUUUGUUCUGUGCAGGCUGUUUUCUACUUAUUUGAUAGUGUUGUGUCAGUGCUUUACUUACAUACAGUAACAAAUUCUAUGUGUGAUUGAGGAACAGUGAUCUACAUAGUCUCGAAUAUUGUUAUGUCAAAGGGUUGCAGCAGCAACUGAUAAUAUACUCAUUUAACAAUAAAAUUGACUUUGCUUAUC